UGUGGCUCUCACUGUCAACAAGGAAGCCGACUCCUAAAGAAUCGGCCGUGAGGCUUCUAAAAACAAGUUAUUUACUCACUUCUGACUUGAUAUCGUGACUUUAAAUUAAGGACAUACUCAAUUUGUCAAAUAUCCUCCCCGGCGGAGAAAAUAAGACAUUCUAUCUCCCGUUGGAUCGUCACGUCGCUGCAUGUCCGGCGAUGGUGUUGGACGAAGGCGCGCGGAGCUGCCUGCUCCGCUUCCGCCGCAACCUGGAGCAGGACGUCAAGGCCGCCUACCUGAUGGAUCACAUGAUCAGCGACGGCGUGCUCAGCAGCGAGGAGGAGGAGAGGAUCAGCAGCCGGCCUAGCAGGCAAGAGCAGGCGGCGGCGCUGCUGGAAGCGCUGCUCCGGAAGGACAACGAUGCUUUCAUUUCCUUCUACAAUGCUCUGGUCAAGGAGGCGUACGGCGACUUGGCCAGUUUGCUUCAGGGCGGCCUUCCUGGUGCAUCAUCAAAGAGUUCUGACGUCCAAAUAGUUCUUAGCGAAGGCGGCGUCCCUCAGAGGCCCGUGGUUUUCGUCAGCCGGCCCGAGCCGGUCAACCGCAUCCGGGAGAAGCUCUACCGUCUCCAGAAGGAAUCGGGGUGGGUCACGGUAUUCGGCAUGGCCGGCUCGGGGAAAUCCGUCCUGGCCGCGGAAGCUGUCCGGGACCGAGGACUCAUUGAAGAGUGCUUCCCAGGAGGCGUCCACUGGCUGUCCGUCGGCCAGCUGGAGAAAGCCGACCUGCUGGUGAAGAUCCAAGCGCUGUGCUUCCGUUUGGAGCAGAAUCUGGACUCCCAGGCCCUCCAGCGGCCUCCCACCUCCCUGGACGAGGCCAAGGAACGUCUGCGCUUCCUCGUGUUGCGCAGAUAUCCCAGAUCUCUGCUGAUCCUUGACGACAUCUGGGACAGCACGGUACUAAAAUCAUUUGAUAUCCACUGUCGCGUACUCCUGACCACCAGGAAUAGAAGCCUCACCGACUCAGUGAGCGGUGCCAAGUACGAAGUCGGGGUCGAGAGCGGUCUGGACGACCACAAAGCACUGGAGAUCCUUGCGCUGUACACGAGAAAAACUCCCGAAGGUCUGCCUGAGGAAGGUCGGAGUAUUGUGAGGGAAUGUAAAGGCUCCCCCUUGGUGGUCUCGCUGAUCGGCGCGCUGCUCAAAGACAAGCCCGACCGCUGGGGCUACUACCUGCGUCAGCUGCAGCAGAAGCAGUUCAAGCGGAUCCGCCGGUCGUCGUCGUACGACUACGACGCGCUGGACCAGGCCAUGGCGGCCAGUAUCGAGGUGCUGCCCGACGAGCACCGCGAGCUGUACCGGGACCUCGCCGUGCUCGAGCGGGACGUCAAAAUCCCCGCCAAGGUGCUGUCCAUCCUGUGGGAUCUCGAGCCCGAGGAGGUGGAGGACAUCCUGGAGGAGUUUGUCAACAAGUCUUUGCUGUUUAUGGAGAGUCACAAGAGGCCGCUGCUCUACUACCUCCACGACCUCCAGCUGGACUUCUUGGUGGAGCAGAACCGCGCCCAGCUCGAGAACCUUCACACCAAGGUGGUGCGUCAGUACCAGCAACACUACAGCGAAGCUCCGCCCACGUCCGGCGACGGCGAGUGCCUCUACUGGAUCCGGUUCUUGACCUACCACAUGGCCAAAGCCAACCUAUCCCAGGAGCUCUCCUGCCUCAUGUUCUCUCUGGACUGGGUCGCCCACAAGGCCCGGAUACUGGGUCCCGCUCAUCUGCUCAACGACUUUGUGGAAUACGGACCCAUUCUGGACAAAAAGAACAGCGGCGUGCGCAGUGACUUCCAGGAGUUUUUGUCCCUCAACGGCCACCAGCUGGAGCAGCGGCCCUUCCCCGACGUGGUCCAGCUGGCUCUGUCGCAGCCUCAGGCCUCGGAAGUCUACAGACAGGCCCUGCAGCAGGCGCAAGAACGGGCCAGUCGUGGGAAACUCUACUUUGAUUGGCUAAACAAGAGCAGCGUGGAGAGCCUGUCCCGGCUGGUGAUCCACCCCCACCAGGGCUCCGUGUACGCCGCCUGCUUUUCCCCCGAUGGGUCCAAGAUCGCCUCCUGCGGCGCCAGCAAGACGCUCAAGGUGUUUCGGAGCACGUCCGGCGAGAAGCUCACCGAGAUCCAAGCCCACGACGACGAGGUUCUCUGUUGCGCCUUCUCCCCCGACGGCCGCCUCGUAGCAACCUGCUCCAGUGACAGGAAAGUGAAGGUGUGGAACGCGCAGCGCGGUUCGCUGCUGAGGGUCUUCGAGGAGGAGCACGAGGAGCAGGUCAACCACUGCCAGUUCACCAACAUGCCGCGCCGCCUCCUGCUGGCCACCUGCUCCAACGACAACUUCAUGAACGUCAAGCUGUGGAACCUGAACAAGCCCUCCUCCCAGAACACCAUGUUCGGCCACUACGGGCCCGUCAACCAUUGCUGCUUCUCCCCCAACGACGCCUACCUGUCCACCUCCUCCGACGACGGCACCGUUAAGCUCUUCGAGGUGUCCUCCGCCAACGAGUGGAAGACCAUCAACGUGCGGGAGUGGUGCGCGGACGCCGGGGAGGAGGUUCCGGUCAGGUGCAGCACGUGGACGGGCGACGGCAAGCGGGUGGUGUGCGCCGUCAGGAGCGCCGUGUUGGUGAUGGACGUGGAGACGUCGCGGAUGCUGUUCGAGAUCCGAACGGGUCGCCUGAGCAUGGUCCAGUUCUGUCACGUGUGUCCCACCAGCAACCUGCUGGCCAUUGCUUUCUCCAACUACGCGGUGGAGCUGUGGGACCUGGAGGACAAUAAGAAGAUGGCCGACUGCAGCGGCCACCUGAGUUGGGUCCAGCGAGUCCAGUUCUCCCCCGACGGCUCGCAGCUCCUGUCUUGCGCCGACGACCAGACCGUCAGGUUGUGGGAGACAAACAAGGUCCACACCACCUCGGCCGUGCGCCUGAAGAGAGACUCGGAUGCGUUCUUCAGUCCGGUAGAAGACGGAGAACUGAUGGUUUCGGCGGCAGACAAUCGCAACAGAGUGCAGGUCCGCGCCGGCAGAGCGGCUUCGCUGCUCUUUCAGUCCGAGGAGAUGGCGUCGCGGAUCCGGUGCACGUGCUUGUGCGGGAAGCCUCCCGCCGUGGCUUUUGGCACGGAGGACGGGACCGUGCAGAUUCUGGCCAUCCCGUCCGGGAAGGUUCUCGCCACCCUGCUGGAACACACCAGGACGGUGCUCCACUGCCAGUUUGUCCACGCCGGCCAAACGCUUAUCACCUCAUCCGAGGACACCAGCAUCAACGUGUGGAAGUGGCGGUCGUCUGAGUGUCUCACGCUGCGAGGCCACAAGGAGCAAGUCCGAUGCUUCUCCGCGCUGUCGCCCGCCGAAACACGACUGCUGUCCUGGUCUUUCGACGGCACCGUCAAGGUGUGGGAGCUGGAAAGCGGCGAGGAGCUGCAGCACAUCGAGGCUCACCAGGGAGCCAUUUUGUCUUGUCACGUCUCCCCGGAUGGGCGUCUCUUCGCCACCGCCUCCGCCGACAAGACCGCAAAGGUGUGGCAUUGUGAGUCGUGGCAGUGCGUCCAAAAACUCCGCGGCCAUCAAGACUGCGUCCGGAGCUGCCGCUUCUCCUGGGACGGGCGACGGCUGGCGACCGGGGACGACGGAGGCGAGAUCCGGCUGUGGAGCGUCACAGAAGGAUCCUUGCUGAAGAUUUGCUCGCGAGACGGAAAGGACGGCCUGGACUCGCUCCACGGAGGUUGGGUGACCGAUCUGCACUUCUCCCCAGACGACUCCCUCCUGGUCUCCACCGGCGGAUACGUCAAGUGGUGGGACGUGGACAAAGGCCAAGCCCUGCAGACCUUCUACCCCACGGGAAGCGCGCUAAAGAAGACCCACGUCUCGCCCGACUUCUCCACGUUCGUCACCAUCGACAACGCCGGCAUCCUCUACGUGCUGCGGAGGGUGGCGUGACGACGUCGCCGGCUGAAACGUUGCCGCUCGCAGGGGAGCAAACGAGGUGCUUCAAUGUUUACGUCGAUCAGGUUCUUGAUGAUUCAUAGUCCUGAAGACCACUCGGGCUCUUUGCAGUCAACAUUUUGUAAGUUUCCUCUGAGCCGCAUUAAUCGGUGCAGUGAUUGUGUGAUACAACCGUAAAUAAGUAUUUGAACACCUGUUUAUCAGCUACAAUUCAGACCCUCGAAGACCCGUUAGUCCGCCUUUAAAAGUCCACCUCCACUCCAUGUCUUGUCCUGAAUCAGAUGCACCUGUAUGAGGAUGUUAGCUGCAUAAAGACACCUGUCCACCCUGUACAAUCUGUAAGACUCAAACUUGUAACAUGGCCGAGACCAAAGAGGUUUCCAAAGACACCAGAGACAAAAUUGUACAAGUCCACACGGCUGGAAAACGCUACGGAGAAAUGGCCAAGCAGCUUGGUAAGCUCCACUGUUGGCGCAAUCAUUAGAAAAUGGAAGAAGCGAAACAUGACGGUCAGUCUCAAUCGGAGUGGAGCCCCCAUGCAAGAUAUCACCUCGUGGGGUCUCGAUGAUCCUUAGAGAGGUUGUGGAAUCAGCCCAGGACUACACCACAGGACUUGGUCGAUGACCUGAAAAGAGCCCGGACCACCGUUUCGAUGGUGACUGUUGGUAAUACACUAAGACGUCAUGGUUUGAAAACAUUGCAUGGCGGGGAAGGUUCCCCUGCUUAGACCAGCACAUGUCAAGGCCCGUCUUAAGUUUGCCGAUGGCCAUUCGGAUGAUACAGACGAGUCAUGGGAGAAGGUUUUGCGGUCAGAUGGGACCAAAAUUGAACUUUUGGGUCAUAAUUCCACUAAGCGUGUUUGGAGGAAGACGAAUGAUGACUUCCAUCCCAAGAACGCCGUCCCUACUGUGAAGCAUGGGGGUGGUACCAUCAUGCUUUGGGGGUGUUUUUCUGCACAUGGGACAGGAGGACUGCACUGUAUUAAGGAGAGGAUGAUGGGUCAUGGCUGGGUCUUUAAACAUGACGAUGACCCGAAGCACACAGCCAGGAAAACCAAGGAGUGGCUCCAUAAGAAGCAUAUCAAGGUUCUGGCGUGGACGAGUCAGUCCCCAGACCUAAACCCAAUAGAAAAUCUUUGGAGGGAGCUGAAACUCCAUGUUUCUCAGGGACAGCCCAGAAACCUGUCUGAUCUAGAGAAGAUCUGUGUGGAGGAGUGAGGCCAAAAUCCCUCCUGCAGUGUGUGCAAACCUGGUGAACAACUACAGGAAACGUUUGACCGCUGUAAUUGCAAAGAAAGGCUCCUGUUCCAAAUAUUAACGUUGGUUUUCUCAGGUGUUCAAAUACUUAUUUUCGUCACUGUCGUCGUUGAAUUAUGAGAUUCUUUUCCUCCCGAGCAAAGCAGCCUCACAGCGUGCGCAGAGCGCUUUGUUCAAAAUGGUCCGUUUUGUCAUCUUUUGAAAGCCUUUGAUCAUUUCUUUUGAUAGACAAAACAUUUCCACUUGCUCAGACAUUUUUAGAUAUACUGAAAUCUCUUUUUUAAUCAGCACGUUUCAUAACUGAGCCUAAACUUGACACUUUCCUGUGAUACAUUCAUAGUUGUUGCCUCUCGUGGUGAUCUUUCAGUUAUUCAGUUGAAGAUGGAGUAAGCCAGUGAAUAUUAGUAAUAAUCCAUUUUGUACAUCUGUUAUUUCCGCUAUGCGCUCUUCUGAUCUGUGUUUUUAACGUCGCAAAGAAUCAACAGAUUUUAUAAUUGUGCCAGCUCAGGAUUGAUCUGUACUGUAAGUACUGCACUUUAUGAGCCAUGAAUAUGAAUACAUGCAUGUGUUGUUAUUUGCUAAGCUAAAAUUGUCCUUUAUAAAACAAACUUGACGGGCAACGUGCUUUAUGUCAUUUUUUUCCGACGAGUUCAAUUUAAAGUGUCAAACGUUACAUUUUAGGACUUCUAAGGUGAGCAGUUACCUACAAAUAAAACAACGCACUAGUUUGGCUUUAUGUUCAAGCACAUUCUUUAGUUUUCCGUACAGUUUGCGACCCUUGACUUGUCUUACGAGCUAGUUAGCUUAGCAACACCUGAGGCCAGGAGUCUAACCAUUUGCCGGGACUUUUUCCACACGAUUUCAACCCUGCGGCCUAUGCAGUGAUGCAGCUAAUUUGUGCAUUAUUUUUCUAACCACCACAAGGGGGAACUCGAACUGAAAAGUUAAGAGUGAGACUGGUGGAAUAUAUGUGCCAAAGAAGUGACUUUUACCGGUAUGUUUUUUUUUUUUUUUUAACCGGCCCUGUUAGCACUGCAUUAGCGUCAACGCUGUGCCAGCGUGUUGCUGCUGUGUUACUGCCGUGUCUCAGUGAUUUUUACCGGUAUGUUUUUUUUUUUUUUUAACUGGCCGUGUUAGCGCCACGCUAGUGUGUGCCUGCUACGUUACUGCCGCAUCUCUGAUUUAGUUUUUUUUUUUAAACCAGCCCUGUUCGUGCUACCGUGUUGUUGCUAUGUUAAGGUAAGCUAAGUUAUUAAAACUUUGAAAAGUCUUUCUGUGUACCAUCUUUGUAAAUAUCUUGUUUUUCAACGUGGGCACUUGCGGCUUUUACACAGGUACGUCUUAUGUAUGUACCAAAUGGUAUUUCCUUGACAAAUGUACUGGGUGAGGUUUAUAAUUCGGUGCGCUCCGUAGGCCGGGAAUUACGCCGUUCACCUUGACGGUGCCGUUGAAAGACCAGGACAGCAGUCGUGUUU